AUGGCACCUUGCGCGAUCGACAUCACUGCCAACGACUAUGAGAUUCUGUCUCUCAAAGACGAUUACAUAGACACCCAUUCUGUCUCCGACUGUGAGAGCGGAGCAGAGCCUGUGCAUCAUGGCGCAAAGACGGCGAAGGAGAUGAUUGGCGCAGCCCUGCAGAAGCACAUCGAAGGAGUUGAUCCACACGACUGCGAGGCUGGCGCUGAGGAUGCCUUCUUUGUCGCUGACCUGGGAGAGGUCUACCGUCAGCACAUGCGCUGGAAGAAGCAUCUUCCGCGCAUCACUCCACACUACGCUGUGAAGUGCAACCCAGACGACGCCAUCUUGCGUCUGUUGGCCAAGCUUGGUGCUGGCUUCGAUUGUGCUAGCAAGGCGGAGAUCGAGCAGGUCCUUGGCUUGGGUGUUGACCCAGAGCGCAUCAUCUACGCGCAGCCAUGCAAGACGAAGAGCUACCUGCGAUACACGGCUAAGACCGGAGUCAAGCAGAUGACAUUUGACAACACGGAUGAGCUGUACAAGGUCAAGGAGCUGUUCCCACAGGCGGAGCUGUUCCUGCGCAUCUCGACAGACGACUCGCAGAGCCUGUGCCGCUUGAGCCAGAAGUUUGGCGCGAACAUGGACAAUGUCCCAGAGCUCCUCGCGUUGGCCAAAGACCUUGACCUGAACGUUGCAGGUGUUGCGUUUCACGUUGGCUCUGGCGCUUCUGACCCACAAGCUUUCCGCCAAGCUGUCAGCGAUGCCCGUAAUGUUUUCGACCAGGCCGCUGCUCUUGGCCAUGAGCUGCACACUUUGGACUGCGGAGGUGGUUUCGUGUCCGAGACCUUCGACGACAUGGCUGGUGUACUUGCGCAAGCCCUGGACGAGCAUUUCCCACCAAGCGUUCGUAUCAUCGCCGAGCCAGGUCGCUACUACACCAGCUCCGCCUUCACCUUGGCCUGCAACGUCAUCGCUCGUCGCACUGUCGAGGAGAAGCGCCUCGGCGGCAGCACCAGCUACAUGCUAUACAUGAACGAUGGCGUGUACGGCAAUUUCUCCUGCAUCAUCUUCGACCACCAGCAUCCCGUGCCAAAGGUCUUGCGCAACCAGCGCCGCAACGAUGGCUUCAAUUACUCCACCAGCUACGAGUCCAUGGUCGACUCCGGCUACACUUCUGCCGAAGACGAGCAUACGGCCCCCGUCCGCGCUGGCCGGAAGCAGAUCACCUACUCCAUCUGGGGUCCCACCUGCGACGGCAUCGAUGUCAUCGCCGAGCAGUGGCAGUCGAACGAGACUCUUGACGUCGGCGACUGGCUGUACUUUGAGGACAUGGGCGCAUACACCAGGUGCUCGGCUACUCGCUUCAAUGGUUUUACCAAUGGACAUGAGACCAUCUAUGUCUGCAGCGAGCCUGCUGCCGACAGCUUGGUUGCCUUGUAA